CCUCUGCUACUGUGAGAGUUUUGUGAUCGACCGAGUGACGGAGCUGUUGUGUUGAUCGGACGGCGGAGAAUGGACGAGGAUUGUGCGACGCCGAAGCGGCGGGAGUGCCAGAUACCGGAGAUGCUUCUGUGUCCGCCGCCUCCGAAGAAGAAGGCGGCUGGGGAAACGCAGCGGGACCCACCGAAGAAUGGUUACUUCCAGCCCCCUGAUCUCGAUGCUCUGUUUGCUCUGCCUCCUCGAACUCAAGCCUGUGCCUGAAAAGUUCAAAACCAUUUUGUUUCUACACGGAGAUUUUAUUUGUUGGUUUUUCUUUGUGCAUAUUAUUAUUAUUAUUAUUAUUUCUUUGUAAUUUUCUUCCAUUUUCGUAUAUUGGGUGAUGAUAUCGGAGUGGGUGUGGACUCUGGAGGGAGAAUUGUAGGCCUCAAGUGGGUAAAAUGCCCAGAUGGGGAACUAAAAAUAAAAGUUAAAAAAUUAAUUGCAA